AUGGCCGAGUACUCGGUCUACCCCAGGGGAACCGGCCAGUCCUUUUAUCCGCGACAAAACACUCGAAACCUUCCCAGCCGCGUGCGAUCGCCUACCACUAGCGCCCGCAUCCCCUUCAACAACCCCGACUCGCCCUCGCCAGCUCGAUCCCCCGGCCGCCAAUCGUCUCCCCAGCAGUUCGGCAUGUUCAACCAGGGCCAUGGGCACCAGGGCCACAACGUCAUGAUGAACGGGCGGACUGGGCAGCAAAACUACGCCGCCAUGCAGAUGGGCCUUGGCAAGCCCUUCCAACACAACCAGCACCACCAGCAUCAGCACCAACACCACCAGCAGCACCAAGACCUCACUGGGAACAGCCAUGUUGGACAGUACAACCACCAGCACAACAUCUCGAGCGGCGGCAUGUCCAGCGUCCAGCCCCACUUCACCCCCGGCCACCUCCAGAACGGCACCCCGGGCAGCGUGCACAGCGCCCUUAGCAAGCCGCAGACUGAGCAUUGGCAAGAGCAAUUGAAGUUGCACCAGACGGCCCGCGAGAUGACACAGGCCCACUCGCACGCCAGGAUCCACCCGAGUGUCAGCAAGAGCGUGGUCGCUGGAACAACCAAUGGAAUGCAGAAAGAGGCGGACAAGGAAGAGCGCAACAGGCCGGCUGCCCAGCGAGCCGAAGACGCAAAGGACCAGCACAUUUGGACAAUUCUCGACUUUGGCGGCCAGAACCUCAAGGUCAUCACUCCGGCCCUCUUCGCCUACACCUUUCUGACCAAGCUCUACCUCAACUCGAACAAGCUCACCUACGUGCACCAGAAGAUUGGACAGUUACGCAGCCUCACACAUCUGGAUCUCUCCCUGAACAACUUGCACUACCUGCCCCCGGAGAUUGGCAUGCUGGUCAAUUUGAAGCAGCUGCUCUUGUUUGACAACCACAUUGAGAAUCUGCCGUACGAGCUGGGAUCCCUGUAUCAAUUGGAGGUGCUCGGCAUUGAAGGAAACCCGAUUCCAGAUGAUCUCAAGCAAAUCAUUAUGGAACAAGGUACCACCGAACUCAUCAAGCACUUCCGUGAAAAUGCCCCCGGACCCGAGGCGCCCCCGGAGCGAGACUGGAUUGUUCUCGAUGAGAUUCAAGACACAUCUCAGGAGACUGUCAGCGCGCUCAGCUACAACAUUCUGUGCGACAAGUACUGCACACAGUCACAGUAUGGCUACACGCCCAGCUCAGCGCUCGCGUGGGAAAGUCGUCGAGAACUCAUCUUGGCCGAACUGCGAGAGCGCGACGCAGACAUUGUAUGUUUGCAAGAAAUCGACCAGGAAAGCUUCAAUGAGUUUUUCCGCGCAGCACUGGCGCACAAUGACUACAAGGGAGUAUUUUGGCCAAAGUCCAGGGCGCGAACCAUGGCUGAGAGAGAAGCCAAGCUUGUCGAUGGGUGUGCUAUCUUUUACAAGAACAGCAAGUACAUUUUGCUGGACAAGCAGCUCAUCGACUUUGCAAACACAGCCAUCAAUCGACCCGACAUGAAAGGCGAGCACGACAUCUUCAACCGUGUUAUGCCCCGAGACGACAUUGGAGUGCUUGCAUUCCUGGAGAACCGCGCUACGGGCUCACGAUUUAUUGUAGGAAACGUGCACGUUUUUUGGAACCCUGCAUUCCAAGACGUGAAGCUUGUGCAAGUCGCCAUUCUGAUGGAAGGCAUCACAAAGUUCGCAACACAAUGGACAAAGCACCCGCCUUGCACAAACAAGGUCGUGUACCAGUUCACGAAUGGUGACAACGACGAAGUAGCAGAGCCGGACCCGACGCAGGAGCCCGGGCCCUCCAAGGUGUACACCGACCCCGCCGACAUACCGCUCUUGCUCUGCGGUGAUUUCAAUUCGCUUCCGUCGUCUGGUGUCUACGAUCUCAUCACCAAUGGCAACAUUUCGAAUGUUCACGCGGAUCUGGGAAGCCGCAAGUAUGGUAACUUCACACGAGACGGCAUAUCCCAUCCCUUCAGUCUCAAGUCCAGCUACGCAUCCAUUGGCGAGCUGGCGUUUACAAACUACGUCCCUCACUUCCAAGGAGUACUGGACUACAUCUGGUACUCGACCAAUACCCUUCAAGUGGUUGGUCUUCUUGGCGACAUUGACAAAGGCUACCUCCAGCGGGUGCCGGGGUUCCCCAACUACCACUUCCCCAGUGAUCACAUCGCGCUGUACGCACAGUACAUUGUCAAGAACCGAAAAGAGGCCAAGAAGGUGUCCGAGGUCGACUUUGGGCCUAGCCGGGAGCGAAGGAAUUGA